UCCGAAUCGCGCGCCCAUCGUUUUUGAGCACGGCGCGCCCGCUAAUAUAGUGCAGCACCACAACGACUUAUAAAAACCGCGAGCGCGCCUCGCCGACGCCGCCUGGACAGCGCUCGAGCCGACGCCCCUCUCUCAGCUCAAAACCAGUAGUGGCUGGCAGUCAUGCCGCGCGCGUCCACUAACGCGCAGUUGGACGCAUCGAGCCCGCGAGUCGCCUGGACUGUCGCAGUCGCGGCGCUGGCAGUCCUCGCCGGCCGCGAGCUGCAGCGCGCGUCAACGUGUGCCCUCCACCCGAAGGACGAGGCGCGCGCCGCGGCGCUCGUCGAGGCCGAGGUUGGAAGAUUAUGGGCCGCGUCGAGUCAAGCAUCAAAUGAUGCGGACGCCCAGCUUAAACUGCUGACGAAGGAGCUGGUCGACGUGGAGAAAUUAGCGUCGUCACUAGUCGGCCGCGCUCAUGAUGAUGCCGAAGCCGUCGCGGCGGCCAUCGAGGCGGCGCCCGCACCCGCGGACAAGAAUAGUGACGACGCCUGGGCCGAGGCGCGGCGAUUGGCCGAGGCCGCGAGGGCGGACGCCGACGCCGCGCAGGCCAGUGCCGAGGCUUCCCAAAAGGACGCCCAGCAGGCGGCGUCUGUCGCUGCUGCCGCGAAGCCCCGCGACGAAACUUUAGCCGAGAUCGAAAGUGCGGCCGUCGCCGUCGAGGAGCGGUCGCGGCAAGCGACCACGGCUCUAGAGCAAGCUUCAAAACAACUCGCCGCCGCCGAAGACGCCUCGUCCCAGCUCCAGAAGGAGUUGAAGCGGACGCCGCCCGCUUCCGUAGGCGACCGCGCGCUCCGGAAGGCCGUCGACGAAGUCACCGAAGCUGCGGCAAAAGCUGCAGCAGCUAGAAGGGGCGGCCGCGAGACGACGAACGACGUCAAGGCCCUCGUUGAUGCCGCUGUAGAUGACUUCUUCGACGGGGACCGGGUCGGUAGGUUCGACUACGCUCUCCAAGCGGCCGGGGCGAAAGUGGUGCCUGCACAAACGUCGGAGCCGUACACGCCGCGCGGGGCCAUCAUACCAACAAAAGUCUGGCACGCUCUGGGUCUGGAUGCGGGCGUCGGCCGCGCGGCCGACGCGCUUUCCGCUGUUAAUGACUUCGGCCGGUGCUUCGCGUUUAGAGGCGCCGAAGGGAAGCUGACGGUGCGCCUCUCGAGGCCCGUGCGGCCGACCCAUUUUAGUGUAGAGCAUUUACAUGCGGCUCUAUGUGAUCCCGCCCGCAACGCGAACUGCUCGUCGGCGCCUCAACAAAUGGACGUCGUCGGCAGGAGUGGUGACGGCUCUCUGGUCGAGUUCGGCUCUUUUAGCUAUGCGGCAUCAACAGACGCGCCGACGGUGCAGACGUUCGCGGCGGCGUCGCUCGGGGAACGGGUCGACGCCGUCACGCUCCGGGUCAAGAGCAACCACGGCCACCCGGACUACACGUGCCUGUACCGCUUCCGCGUGCACGGGGACGAGUAA